AUGAGCAGCUCGGUCAAGCCCGAGCUAGUUGCACUGUCUAUGAGUUUGCUCCGACCCGCAAACGCUCGUUGCGUCGGACGAUGCGUUCGUGAAUUCGACGCGAGACGGGGAAGUCGAGAGUCCCACCAAGAAGCGUCCCUCGAUCGAGUGAAGGAGGAAAGAGGAGGUGCCUCGUUUGGUCGGGGCGGACAAAAUCCAGCAUUCGUAAUGUCCGGAGCCGUUGACCCACUCAGCCGGCGCACCGGUCGGGGCAAACCCGGUCGCGACGGACAGUCUGGGAUGAAAGAUGCGGAGAUUGCGUCCCACCUACAAGAGUCGAACCAGCUCGUGCUCUGGGGUGCCACCGCAUCAACAACAAGGAACUACUCCCCAUCGUACUUGCACAACAGCUUGGUCAACUUCCGAUGCCAUUCGCUCCUUGUGCUGUUGACUAACUAA